ACACACACACGCACCCAACUUUGAAAGAACUGCAUCACUAAAAUUGCCAUUAAUAAGCUGGCACAAAUUUUCUGCGUUUGUUCACUUGCAAACGAUGUAUACGCCAUUUCACGGGUUUAUACCAUGAACGGAAAGGGAUUAAUGAUUUUUGUUAAUUUCUGUGAUUUUAACCAGGCUGUAAUUUCUUGAAAGUUUGGACAUAGUGUCUGGUGUCGAACUUAAGUGACCCGGUGAAAGUGGAAUAUUAUAUCGGAAGUUCGAGAUCAGAAGAACUGCAAGAUUGUUCCAUCAUGAUUAUAUUAUUUUCAAGAACAUUUGGCCCAUCCUACUACCACUACCAAGCACCAAACAGUUUCUUGAGUGCGUCUUCUGUAAUUUUAAACAAGAGACAUGAAAGUGAAUGAUUGGUAUUUUUUCUCCCGAGAAACCUACGAUGGGGCGAGAUUUUCUGAUACAAGUGUUUUUCUGUGUAAUCGUCUGUUCAUCACUGAUGAUGGUUUUCGUAUUUAAUGCUAAUGAAUACGUGGAAGUCUGGAAAAAGUCGCAAAAUGGCAUUGGCGAUGACGCUCUGGGUUCCUCGACGCGAUUGCUCUCAGAAGAUGGAGGUAACGACUUGUAUGCUGGAAAGAUCAAGAGAUCUAGAGCCAUGAAAGGGUUCAUCAACCCUUCAAGGAAUUCUUCAGAUGGCGCGGACUUUGUUGUCAACCAUGCCAAUGGUUCAACCCCGUAUACUGAAAACCGUGUGCUCUAUAAGUUUAAUAAAGCAAGCCAGGAUCCUUCUUACGAUUGCGUCAUCAGGAUUCUCAAGCACCACAGACCAAUUGAUGAGGAGGUUUACAUGAACAACGAGGAAUGGGUCAGGUCUAGCUGUGAGGGCGCACCUUGUAGUAUAGAAGUGAGAUACAGUCUGGAUUUGAGAGAUUUCUGGGAUUCGGAUGUCGUCGUAUUGAUGGAGGGGGCGUUCGGUAGCUACGAGUGGAAGUAUCUCCUUAGGGCGAGGCCUCCAGGACAAAUGUGGGUGCUGUAUGCCAAAGAGUGUCCUGUACAUGAGCCACAGUUAAGUCCACCGUCGGAUUUAUUUUCAAGUAACCCUUACAACCUUAGCAUGACGUACCGAUCAGGGUCAGACAUAUAUAACCCGUAUGGAUACUUCGUACGAGAUCGACCUUGUGGUGUAAAGAAUUUGAAGAAGUCAGAGUUGAUGAUGUGGAUGGCAUCUCGAUGUAACCCGCUGGGAUGGGAAAGAGCAAAGUUUGUUCAAUCCUUGAAGAAACAUCUGAAUGUCCACACCUUUGGGCGUUGUGGCACUUUGGAGUGUCCGAAGAAUGACCGGGGCAGCUGCCUGUCGAAGAUGAGACUUUACAAGUUUUACCUUUCCCUUGAGAAUAGUGAAUGUGCUGAGUAUAUCACCGAAAAGAUGUGGAAAAAUGCCUUUGACAACGGCAUGAUCCCCGUCGUAUUUGGAGCAAGAAAAGAAGAUUAUCAAAGGUUGGCGCCACCCAAUUCCUUUAUUCAUCUUAACGACUUCAGUACGAUGGAAGAAUUUGUGGAGUACAUCAAUUUAUUGGAUCGGAAUGAGACGCUCUACAACAAAUACUUCGAGUGGAGGAAGUUAGGAAGGGUUUAUUAUGGCGCAGGGAUAAAAGGAGCAACGCAUCCUUCGAGACUGUGUACCGUGACCAAGAAGCUUGUGGAGAUCGGAAAGGACCCACAGAAUUCAUGGAGAGCUCGAAAUCCCAAUUUUAUCAAAUGGUGGACUGGGUCGUGUGUGCAUCAGAAAGAACUAUUAGGUGUGAGGAUAUAGAGUGAGAUAAGAAGUCAAUAUUGAGUCUCCAGAAUGACAGUGAUCUAGGUAGCAUCUUGUGCAGGACGAAUUUAGGAAACCAUGUUCAAUAGCCAUCCACUUGCUGGAUAAAAUACACAUUUCGUCAGCAAUUGUUGGGGUGGUUUGACCGUGGACCUCGGGUCUGUUUUUAAUAAAAUUUGUUAGAAUAACAAAUUUACAAUGAAGCUACUGAAAUCAUUCAAUCUGAUUGGCUGAUGAUGGUACAUUCGUUAUAAAAAGAAAUGUGCAUAAUUAUAACAAGUCUUUAUGAAACGGGACCAAGGUUUGACAACCCUCUCCUUGCCAGAGUGUCAAAUUUAAUACUGUCCCAUUUCUGUGAUGUGGAUUCUAACUAAAUGUUUAAAGUCAUUCUUCUAGAAGCUUACAAUUUGACAUCAAAUAAUAAUGAUAAUAAUAAUAAUAUUCCGCAUUUAUAUAGCGCUUAACACAUCGGAACGACGUCUCUAAGCGCUUUACAGAUAUAUUAUUACCCCGGUCAUCGGAUCCUUGCAUGCCCGCAUACAAUGUAUGCACCUUCUCCACUCCCUGGGGAGCAUUCCAACAAUAGUUCCAAGACUCAAUUGCUAGGCAUACUACAUAGGCUUUCGCAUCCUACCGGGUACCCAUUUAACACCUGGGUGGAGAGUGGCAAAUUGUGGAUUGAAGCCUUGCCAAAGGACGCUAGGCCAUGGUGGGAUUCGAACACACGACCCUCUGAUUACAAGGCGAGAGUCAGAACCGCUACACCACGGCGCUUCCAUAAUCUGCUACUGGCUGAAAAUGCAGGGAUUUCCAAUGAUUUCAAUUGCCAUAAAUGCAUAUAUUUCUUCAUUCAGUCAUGCUAGCAGCAUCGUCGAAGCGAAUUUCAGAGUCAGAUAGUACUUUGCCUCUACCUUAUUUUAUACGGAUUAUUAAGUUAUUAAUCCGGACAAAAUUCAUGUUUGGUGAUUGCUGAUUAAGCCUAUUGGCCUCGAAUACCAAGGCCCUGUACACUAUUUAUAUAAUUUUAUUUUGGCUAUUUUGAAACAGAACCCUUGCUCUUAGGAAAGUUCCAGACUUAAUAUUUGUGUGUAAGAGGUAGUUGCAAGUUUACCUCAGACCUUAUUGAACAGUAGUAGAAACACAUUAUGAAGUAUGAUUCCUCACUCUCGCUCACUUUACAAAAGUUUGGAAGAUUUAUUAUUUAUUAUAAUUAUAUUGAUCACGGAAAAUGGGCUAUGUAAAUGCAACUCCUAUGGCACUUUCCUCAAACUUUAUCCAUCUGAUGGGGUAUUUGAUACCUUUCAAUCUAUUAUUAAGAAUAGUUCAAGCGUAAUGAUUUUAGACACCUAAAAAGUUGUAAUGAACAAUAAUAGCAUUCCAAACAAAUGGGACAGUAAAUACUGACACCCUUUCUCUUUUUAAAAUUUGCAGUCCUGCAUCCCUAUAUUAUGGGCCUGCAUGUUACGUUAUUAAUUUUGUAUUCCACUAUUUGCAAUUUUAUUCAUACAGUGUAGCGUGCUAGUUAAACAAACGUGCUUUACACAACUACCUUGUCUCCAUAUUCACAUACUGAUUGAUAAUAACUGAUUAAUCUAUUUUAAAUCCAUGAUUAAUCUAUCUCAUCAUUAAAAAAAAACAUAAAAGAAUGCAAAACAAAUAUUUGCAGAAUAGGAACACAAUUAUUUCCGAAGUAAAAUAUUAUAUUCCCGAUGGAACCGAAUAUGAAUAAGUAAAUAAAUAUAUCCUGAAAUUAAUAUAUGGUGAAUAUCCGAAGUGAGCCCAAAACAAAUAAAGACAACACUUUACUUAAAAAGGAAACAAAGACCCAAUGAAAUAAUCAAUCUUACAGGGUAAAAUGAGGGGGUCAAUCUAAAAGAGGUUUCAUCAAAAUUUGAAGAAAUGAGAGAGUUUUGGACGUUAAAAAAGUCUUGAAACACUUUCAAUAGGGAUGGUUAGAUUACCAAACAUGCUUCAUAAUGGCUAAUUUUGUGGAAAACUCUCCAUUAUUUUAUUUUUAUACGAUUUUUUAGAUUUUCCCCUAUAUUUUAUUUUUAUUAAUAUUUCUGAUUAAUUCCUUAUGAUUUUGCCAUUUAUGUGGUGUUAAUUGCAUUUUCCCAUGACACAUGUUGUGCUCAGAGAGAUGCAAGGAGCGAUUUUAAAUAAAGUAAAACAAAACUCCUCAAAAUUCCAGACUCUCUUACACUCUAAAUUCCAAGGAUUUAAAAUAGAUCCAGAUCGGCUGUGAACAGUGACUAGCCGAAUAUGAGAUUUAAAUUUAAACCUUGUUGAUUUAAAUAUAAAUCUAAAGAUUUGAAUUUAAAUCUUUUGAGAUUUAAAAGUUAUUCCUUAAGAUUUAAAAUAAGUUCAAAAUUCGGCUGGUCACUAUUCACAGCCAAUCUGGAUUUAUUUUAAAUCCUAGGAAUUUAGAGUGUAUUUUAUCACGGACUUUGAUUAAACUUGUUUUAAAUUGCCCCUCUCAUUAUUAUUCUCAUAUAGAAUUAUUCUCUCUUUUGGUUUUGGUCUUCUUGUUAUAUACUGGCAUGGAUGUCGUAGUAGGCUUAUAUUCACGGCAGAAGCGAUUUGGAAGUGUUGUUGUAAAUAUCCCAUGGAUAUCAUAAAUAUGACUCUUACGUGUUUUUUUAACUUGUAUUAAAUUAGAACUCUGUUCUUAAGAUGUGGUUUAACUAUGGAUAGCCAAUUGUGACACAGAUAUCUGAACUACAAAGUUAUUUGGGAACGAUAAAUAAGGAAGAUGUCUUUUAGAAUGAGGAAAGGCCACAUUAAACAAAAUAAACAUACAACGUAAACACAAGUUUUUAUAUUUUGGCUUUCCAUAAUUUUAGCGCAGAGUUAGACCAUGGUCCAAGUUAGGCUGGAUUUUAGAGUACAGGUCAUAUUGCCAUGUAUUGUCUAGGGGUAACUCUGCUGCUCAAACGUGUCAGAGGAAUGGCAUUGCUUGGCGUAAAGACAUCGCCAUUGAUACAGCAAAAUGCGCUGAAUAACUUCAUUUUAAGCCGAUUCAAAAUCACACUUAUUACGGUUGUAACAAUAUUCAUGAUGAAACACAGACACGAAUAAUACAACACCAAGGUUGCCUAUUCAGAAAUCCUCUACACACAGAAUUCGACCUGUCUAACUCAGACAGUAUCCUUUGUGAAUGAUCAUGAUGGUUGAGUGGGUAUGCUUAAAUUGCUUGAAUGUUUGGAAUCAAUGAACUAAACGAUUAUGACGUUAUUCAUAUUGUGUUUUUUAUGUUUUCCAUGUAUAGUAACUGGUUGAAUAUAGGAAAAUACGAGAGAUUUUCGAUGUGGUCUGCUCUUUCAUUUUUUAUUGCAUUAAAAAAUCGGGGCUUUCAACAUGACCCCGACACACAGAC